UGCUUCCUGUCAGCUCGGUUGUCCUGUAGGGUGAGGGCUGUGGCCCCAAACAAACCAAAAUGGCAUCAGAAAUGUUCUGUAAAGUGGGAGGUGGGGAAGAGGCCAUGCUGAAAAAGGAAACACUAGAUGUUCUGAAUGCACUUGAUCAAAUGCCGAAGCCCUUUUCAAACCCCAAGCCUAUGAACAGGACCCUCACUACCAAAGGACUCCCACUUUCCUCCAGGGGCAGUUUGAUUAACUUCUCAGAGGAAGAUUCCAUCAAUCUACUGAAACCCAUGCCACUGGAAGAUUCUGAAUGCAGCUCUGAUGACACCAGCAUUUCCCCCAUCUCAUCUACUUUGUUAAAUCCCAUCAAGUUGGCUGUGACCCAGCCCAAUAGCAGCUUCUUUGCAGGGAUGCUAGAGGGUGAGCUAAACAAACUCAGCUUCACCUCAGUGCCCAAAAACACAGAAAAAGGGGACCUGGCUCUGUGCUCCCAGUCUAAGUCCCAAAUAGCACCUGGGGGCCUGCUUGAUCUUGACAACCCCGAAGUGGACACGGACACUUCCUCGACACCCUCAGAGUCCUCUGUGGUCAUGGACGUGCCAGAGGCACCCUUCAUCUGUGAGCAUACUGUCAGUGAUUCCACGGCUGUGAUUUCCUGGACCUAUGCUUUGGGAAAGCAGCAGGUCAGUUUCUACCAGGUCCUGCUGCAGGAGGUGGCCAAGAAAAACAGUGAUGGGACACCCAAGGCAAAGAGUCGUCCAUGGAUCUUCAACAAGAUCUUGGGCACCACGGUUAAGCUGAUGGAGCUGAAGCCCAACACAAGUUACUGCCUCACUGUUCGUGCAGCCAACACAGCUGGGGUGGGGAAGUGGUGCAAGCCCUACAAAUUUGCAACUGUGGCCACUGACUUGAACAGCUUCCCUGAGAACAAUCCCAUCCAAAUCACUGUGCAGCGCAAGGAACCCCAGCGGAAAACUGUGUCCCUAGGGUUGGAGGACAUGCGGAGGCUAGAAGACCUAGAAUACCUAUUUCCCUACUAAGGGAGAAGAUCCCAGGAAACCUUUCAUCAGCUUCCACCCAGAGCCCUCAGGAACCAGAACCAUAAAAUGUACCACCAGCACUAUGCCAAGGAACCACUGACCACUCCUCCGGCCCAGGGCCUGACAGCAAAGGCAGCAGGAAUCCACCCCUGGACUGGGGUGAGGCUAGAUUAAGAGCUCCAUCCACCCAAAAUCUGCAGGCCAGGCCCAACCACAGCUCAUAGCUGUGAGGCCCCUUCACCCCCAGAUCUAGGCUGGGCCCAGGUCCCUCAUUAAAGAACUGCAGGUCACCCAGCA